AUGAGUUCCCACACAUCGGCACCUCCGCCGUCGGACGAGCCCGCCGCCAAGCGACGAAAGCUCCGCAAAGGCACUAGUAGCUGCUGGGAAUGUAAGCGACGGAAGACGCGAUGUUCGUUUGCUUCGGCGCGGGAUGCCAUGUGCGUCGGAUGUCAGGGUCGGGGCACUACGUGCGUCAGCCAGGAAUUUCCCGAGAAGGUGGCUCCGAGUAGUCGAGGACGGCAGAUGGGGAAUCGGAUUGAGCGUGUCGAGGCGUUGAUUGAUCGGUUGGUUAGAAACAGGGCUGGGGGUGAGAGUGUGAUGGUAGAUGACGAUGCAGGUGAUGGUGAGCAGGAGGGUCCGACGACUUUCUCAAGGGAUGAUGAGCCAGGGGCGGUGUUGGCGAUGAUCGUGGGGACGGCGGAAACACCUAAUGCCGUACAAGGUGAUAGGGCUUCAGUUGUCCAUGAGCCAUCGGGAAGGCCGGGACCCUCUUUCGCGUCGAAAUAUGCGAAGCUUUCGCAGGCCCUCUACGAUGCACUCCCAUCCAAAAAGGACCUAGAUAUUCUAUGGAAAACGGGAGCACAUGUAUCAAUCAAUUUUCACCUGGUGAUGAUGACUCCAUACACGGAAAUGGAAAAGAACGGCCUCGAUACCUCCGGGGCACUCCUGGACGUCCCACCACCCGAUACGCAUCCGGUGUUGCUAGCCCAUUACUUCUUUCGCAUUGCGACUGUUCUACAGUACCUCGAUCCAGAGUCCCAUGGACAGCUGAAGGAACUGUCCGAAUCGCCCCGGGCUAUGAUGAGCAGGCUGGCGGAUACUGCCAUCAGCUUAGUAACAACGCACGACGAGCUGCUAGGCACGGUCGAAGGGCUUGAGGCCGUAAUGAUGGAGGGAAUUUAUCAGGCAAAUUGUGGAAACCUACGGCGCGCCUGGAUCGCAUUUCGUCGUGCCAUGGGGCUGGCCCAGCUGAUGGGCAUGCAUCGAACUAAAUGCCCGCCGCUUAAGGUCAUUGAUCCACAGACACAUCGGAAGUUCAAUGCGCAGCUCCUCUGGUAUCGGAUCGUCUAUACUGAUCGCUUCUUCUGCUUGAUGAUGGGGCUUCCACAGGGCUCUCUGGACCGGAGUAUGGCAUCCGAGGCAGCCCUCGCGAACGACACGCCUAUAGGUCGCUUGGAACGAAUUCAUUGCGUGAUUGCGUCUCGCAUUCUCGAGCGCAAUGACUCCAAUUCGGGGGCAUAUAGCUUCGCUAAAACGCAAGAGAUUGACCUUCAGUUACAGGAAGCGGCCAAAACCAUGCCCAGCAAAUGGUGGCUGGCACCUAACCUGGCCGCUGCUGCAUCGGCCGUCGGGACUGAUGAUCAAGCUGUGUUUUGGGAAAUGCUGCGGCUGGUUAACCAGCUUUACCACUUUAAUCUGCUCAAUCAACUCCACCUCCCUUUUAUGCUGCGCUUCACUGCUGCCGAACGACGUCUUGAUUACUCACAGGCAACAUGCGUGAACGCCUCUCGUGAAGUACUGUCACGGUUCAUCACUUUCCGCAGCUUCAAUCGCGUGGCAUACUGCUGUCGGGCUGUGGAUUUCUUCGCGCUGACAGCUGCAUUAAUACUUCUUCUCGCGCAUCUGGACGGCCACAGAAGACGCCAUGCUCCGCAGGCCGAAGACUCUCAGAAUCCCAGUGGCAUUAGCAGUAAGGGUGACCUGAACUUCUUGGCUCAUCAACGCCUUAGCGACCGUGCAAUGAUGGAGCAGGUCGUGGAAAAUAUGGACCAAAUCGGCCAGGUAAGCAUGGACGCCGUCAGCGAGAGAAGCGCCGGUCUGCUGCGUCGACUUCUCGUAAUGGAAGCAGACGCAGCCGGGGGGAGGCCUUACAGCACACAGAGCGAGUGUAUCUCCGAGGCGUCCCCGGAGGAACAGGAUGAGGUGGAUGUCGUUCGCAUCUGCAUUCCAUACUUCGGGACUGUGCGAGUGGCGCGCGAGGGUGUCGUUUCGAAAGAAACGCCGCCUGGGAUGUGGACGCUGGCGACGGAUUUGGCGAUAGAUGCUGGUCAUCGGUCACAGCCUGAGGCCGGACAUUUGGAUACCCUGGGGUCUGCGCCGAAUAUGUCGCAAACACAACCGCAAUACCAGACUUUUGAUGGCAUUGCGCCGCAACAGCCUCUCCCUACUUAUACACCGCAACAACGCCUGGUCAAUGACUUGUAUCCCGGGAUGACAGCCGGGGCAAAUGAUUGGGCCUUCCAGGGCGUCGACAUGGCGUUUUUUGAUAGUUUGAUGCAGGGAUCUAUGCGAGAUAUUCCGGACUGGGGACAUGAAGCUAUGCUCAAUUAG